AGACUCAAGGUGACGGCCGUCUUGAAACUGUAUUUCCCAGAAGGCUGUGCUCGUCGUCUCGUAAACCGAGCUACGGGCCGGUGGAGUGAAUCCCUCAUCCUGGGUUUGUGAUUUCUCAGGGGAUUAGUGACAGUGGACGGAGAUCUUUGGCGGCGGCGUCCGUGGGCUGUUGACCUAGCGGGGCUGCGUGCGGAGGCUGUGGAACGGGCCACAGGGCGCUGCUUCCGGCCGUGGGACCAAAAGCCGAGGCGCUGCGUCUCCUUUAAUCGCCGUGGGCGGGGCGUGGCGACGCGACCCGCGUUGCUAUUGGCGGCGGUUGGGGGCGCGGAAACUGAAAGGGCCGCAACGGCCGACGCUGCCUUCUUCGGCGCCUUGGGCGCCCCCGGCCCGCCAUGGCUGCACCUUGUCCUGAGGACCCCUCGCUGGAGAGGCAUUUUAAGGGCCACCGAGAUGCAGUUACCUGUGUGGACUUCAGUCUCAACACAAAGCAGCUGGCCAGUGGCUCCAUGGACUCAUGCCUCAUGGUGUGGCACAUGAAGCCCCAGUCACGCGCCUACCGCUUUGCGGGCCACAAGGAUGCUGUCACCUGUGUGAACUUCUCCCCUUCGGGACACCUGCUGGCCUCAGGCUCCCGAGACAAGACUGUCCGGAUCUGGAUACCCAAUGUCAAAGGCGAGUCUACCGUGUUUCGGGCCCACACGGCCACAGUGAGGAGCGUCCACUUCUGCAGUGACGGCCAGUCUUUUGUGACGGCCUCUGACGACAAAACAGUUAAGGUGUGGUCAACUCAUCGCCAGAAAUUCCUGUUCUCCCUGAGCCAGCACAUCAACUGGGUCCGCUGUGCCAGGUUCUCCCCCGACGGUCGGCUCAUUGUGUCUGCCAGCGAUGACAAGACUGUCAAGCUGUGGGACAAGACGAGCCGGGAGUGCGUCCACUCUUACUGUGAGCACGGCGGCUUUGUCACCUCUGUGGACUUCCACCCCAGUGGCACGUGCAUCGCCGCCGCGGGCAUGGACAACACGGUGAAGGUGUGGGACGUGCGGACGCACCGGCUCUUGCAGCACUAUCAGCGCUCCAGCUGCAUCUCUGGGCCUCCCAGCCAGCGCCUGACCGAUGUCCCUCCCCUAGUGCACAGCGCAGCGGUGAAUGCCCUCUCCUUCCACCCGUCCGGAAACUACCUGCUCACGGCCUCCAGCGACUCGACCCUGAAGAUUCUGGACCUCAUGGAGGGCCGGCUGCUCUACACGCUCCAUGGGCAUCAGGGCCCAGCCACUACUGUUGCCUUUUCAAGAACAGGAGAGUAUUUUGCUUCUGGAGGGUCUGAUGAGCAAGUGAUGGUUUGGAAGAGUAACUUUGAUGUUGUGGAUUAUGGAGAAGUCAUAAAAGUGCACAGGCCCCCAGCCCCGCUGGCCACGUCCUCCGGGAAUCUGGUCUUCUUUGUGAGGUCCAGUGAGGGUUUUAGACCCUUGCAGGAAUCAGUUCUGCUUUCGGAUGAGAGACCCGAGUCCUCUCUGCUCCCAGAUGCAAAAGCAAAUCCAUGAGGUGAAUGGAAACAGGCUUCUCUUCCUCCGCCACUCCCAUGACUCCUCAAAGCAAAGUGGCUGGGCCCCCCCAGAGCCUCAGUGCUAGAACUGUCCCCAGGAGGAGGAGGCGAGGUUAGCCAAGAAUACCUGAACUGAGGGCUCAGCCUUCCCUGAGGAUGGCCUGUUUCUUCUUCCUAGUUCCUCUGGUUCUGAGGGUGAAGCCCCAGCCACCUUCUGCACCCCUGUCUCCACUCCCACUUUCUGUGUUGGGGUGCUACCCAGGGGUGGGCUUGACGUAGGGGUUCUUGGGCUCUGAUUCCAGUCUUGAUGCUGGAUCUUACCUCAUGAGGAGGAUCUGAGGCACCUGGGUUCUCACUCCAGGCACCUAGCCUGAGGAGUCGGAGUUGAGGCAGAGGAUGGGGUCCAUUUCCACCUGCCUUGUGGAUUUCCCUCUGUUUGGGAGCAUGGAGGACAGAUUUCUGGCUGGCAUUUGUUUUCAGUAGUGGGGAGACGUAUGGAUUCGAGGGGACGCUUGGCAGACAGGGCAUUGUGGGUGUUUCCAGCAGGAGUGAACCGCAGAGUUACGUGUCUUAGAAGGGAGUCUCUCCUUUCCCCAACUGACCCUGUUCCGGCUCUGAAUUUCCCAGGACUAGUAAAAGGGGCUCUUGUCAGCAGGUGAGUCGGGAUAGACCAGGGCACGUAACAUCUUGCAAGAGGGUUGGUUUCAUGGGGUCCAGACUCCCGACAGCCUUUAACCACUUGGUUGGCAGUUUAAGAGCUGUACUGUGCCUAUUUGCUGAUCCGUGAUGAAGCUGGAGCCUGGCCUGACGUGGCAAGUCUCUCCUGUAACCUCAAGCGUUCGUCUUGAUUCUCUGUGCUCCGAUUUCUCAGCCUCCAGUACAUCCUUUGGACAUUUCCAUUUUCCCGGCUCACUGUGUAGAAGAUCCUCCUGCAGGGGUGGGGGCAGGGUGAUCACAGAGACCUUUGCCGACUCUGGGCGGCAGCGGCCCCCAGACAAGAUGCUUCGCUUCAAACUGGGAUUGCAUUUUCCUCACCUUUACCAGAGUGGAAGUCAUGGGAAGUGCCCUGGGUUUCUUAGUUUCCACGGGAAGACAGGAGAAUAGAAAUAAAGAGGAUUCAAUAUUUGUUACCAAGCU